UUGUUAAUGAUGGUCGAAAUGAUUUGUUGAAUUUCAAACUUCAAAUACUACAAAAAUGUCUGGUUACACAGGAAACGAUGAUUAUUGGAGGCAAUCACCUCAGGGUCAAUAUAAUUUUGAUCCCCCUAGUUUUGGACAACCUACGGAUAACCAACAAUUCGAGUUUCAGACGUACAGUGAUCAACAAUCCGGAGGUUAUUCACCUUAUAAACAAAAAGGUUAUCUAGAUCCUACUCAAAAUGUAUUUGGUGGUGAUAUGUACCAUCAGGAUAACUUUACAAAAGGGUCUGCUGGAUUUGUAGAUGAAGAAGAGGAGCCACCACUCUUGGAAGAAUUAGGCAUAGACCCUGAUCGAAUAUUACAAAAAAUAUUAGCCGUUUUAAACCCAUUUCAUAGGAGGGGACAGAUAGACGAUGCACAUUAUUUACUUCAGGAUUCUGAUUUAGCAGGUCCAAUAGCAUUCUGUUUAAUGCUAGCUGGGUUUCUCUCCUUAGCUGGAUCUAAAUCACAGUUUGGUUAUGUUUAUGGUUUAGCAAUGACAUCCUGUAUUGUAAUGUACAUUCUCCAGUCAUUAAUGAGUAAUUCUAGUAAUAUUACAUUAUCUUCUGUAGCAUCUGUACUUGGUUACUGUUUACUACCCAUAGUAGCUCUUGCUGGUUUUAGUAUUUUUACAACUUUACGUGGCCCAAUAGGUUUAGUCCUUGUAAUAUUUGCAGUAGCUUGGUCAACAAUUUCAGCAUCUAGACUUUUUACUACUAUGUCAGGAGAAGAAAAUCAACGUUUACUUAUUGCGUAUCCUUGUGCUCUCCUCUAUGGUGUUUUUACAUUAAUAGUAAUGUUUUAA